AAUUGUCGAAUAUUCGAAGAAAAAUUUUUGAGAGGGAAAAUUGUUUACCCGGGGACUUUUCCUAGAGACGAUUUAUGCCUAUCUCCUUUUCCCUCCUCUGACUUUCCUUGGUCCGUUCCUGAGGAGGAUUGCGCGAGAGGCGACGAGGAGGCGACACACGCAUCAGCUCGCGAUGGGGUUCGACGUGAACCGCUUCCAGGGCGACGUGGACGAGGAGCUCGUGUGCCCAAUAUGUUCCGGCGUGCUCGAGGACCCCGUCCAGGUGAGCAAUGUGUUGCAGGCACCAGUAUGCGAGCACGCCUUCUGUCGUUCCUGCAUCAACGAAUGGAUAAACCGUCAGCCCACUUGUCCCUUAGACCGUACACCAAUUACGUCCGCACAGCUGAGAGCGGUUCCUAGGAUUUUAAGAAACCUGCUGGCCCGUUUGUGCAUCAAUUGCGACAACAUCGUGUACGGGUGCAACGCCAUCGUUAAACUGGACAGUCUGGCGUCGCAUCUCGAACAGUGCGAGUACAAUCCCAAGAGACCAAUGCUGUGCGAGCAGGGCUGCAGCCUGAUCAUCCCCAAGAACGAGCUCAAGGAUCACAACUGCGUGCGCGAGCUGCGUAAUCUGAUACAGUCGCAGCAGCAGAAGCUGGCCGACAUGAAGCGCGAGCUCGGCGAGCAGCAGCUGCAGAUCAACGAGCAUAAACGCGAGAUUCAUCUGCUCAAGGACUUUAUGCGUGCCCUCAGGGUGUCGAACCCGGCGAUGCGUGCCAUCGCAGAUCAAAUGGAGCGGGACGAGGUCGUCAGAUGGUCCGCCACCCUUCCACGUGCCAGAGUUACUAGAUGGGGCGGCAUGAUCUCCACCCCCGACGAGUUGCUCCAGACGAUGAUAAAGAGAACUCUGUCGGAGUACAAUUGUCCGCCUCACGUGAUCGACGAGCUGAUGGAGAACUGCCACGAGCGGAAGUGGCCGCCCGGUCUGAAUUCCCUCGAGACCAGACAGAAUUCUCGACGACAAUACGACAACUACGUGUGCAAGAGAGUGCCCGGCAAGCAAGCGGUGCUGGUCCUCCACUGUGAUAACACGCACAUGCCGGAGGAUAUGAUGGUCGAGCCGGGGUUAGUGAUGAUCUUUGCGCAUGGCAUCGAAUAGGGUCAUUGGAUAUCGUAGAUGAAUACGACUAUUGAUUCAACGUAAGACAAAGCCAAGAUUAUCGUCAAUGUCGUCUUGCAAAUGGGGAGGGCUCGCAUUUCGGAAUUUGCUCCUUCAUCAUUUGCGACUUGACACGGAUUGCUCUGGAGGAUUGAUUCGAGAAAUCUGAUCGUCAAGGACGGUUUUCUCGAAUAAUUUCUUUAAUGUAUUCGCUGUUGAAAAUCCAAGAUUACAAUGGUUAUGCGGAAUGCAUUCCGAUGAUGAUAAAUCGAAGCUGUCGAGCAUACAAACACAAACGAUGAUGCGCACACCGUCGUCCUAUGUGAUACGCAACUCUAGAGGCGCGAUUGCUACAUACAUACAUUGAGUGGAUCUGUAAUCGAUGCGGUAAGACGCUAAGUAACAUCAAGUAACACAUAACAUACACGCGCUUGAUUCAGCUUGCCGUCAUCGAUUAUCUCGAUCGCGCUCCUACACAAGAAAACUCAAUCGAGUAUCUGGAUUGUUGCACUGUGAUAUACCACUUCGGUGAGAAACCUCCUGAAAUUGCGUGAUAAAUGAUCGACCACUCCUUUUUGGCCGGUCAAUCGAUCGAAUUGUACAUUUCUUUUCGUCGGCAGUCCGUUUAUCAGUUCAUUUCAGGAUCGUUUACGGAUACUUAGAAGUCUGUGAAUGUUUUACUAAUAAUACUUUAGAAAUAAGCAAAGAUUUUGAAGGGAGAGAAAGAGAGCUAGUUAUUUAAUAAUGCAAGCAUGAGAUCUCGAAAUGCAGUACGGAUUUGCUACGAUGAUUCGUUUUUAAACAUUUGAUGCGUGAUGUCAAAAAAAGUCGUAUUUUUCUCGCAAUCUUUUUCUUACCCUUACUUUCUAGAACUUCUUUCCGUCAAAAAUUCGAAAUUAUAUUGUCAUAGACAAUCAUCAUCAUUCUUUUUUCGCAUACCGCACGAAUCCAAGCAUUUUCUAAUGAUUGUUGUCAAUAAUUGUUGAAGCACGCGAAAUAUGUAGCUUUAUUGCUCCGAAUCAAUGGCACAAUUUUACUUGUCAUAUCUUCAUACUAGGGUGUCCUACCGUUUUGCUAAAUAGACAAAAUCGAUUAAAACUUUGAAAUAUUGUAAUCGAAUUAUCACUUGACAUUGCGGUGAGGCACUCUGUAUUAAUUAAUCAUCAUAUCAAUUAGCUUUUAUAUUGCACAACGCACUGAUUUAUGGUUUGCGAGUCGCGUAACGUCAAAUGCUUCUUCGUGUAGUCGUUUCUUUUACCUUGCUAUAAUGUACUGGUACAUAAAACAAGAUAGGAGCCAACAUAUUGUUAGAAAUCUAUUUUUUUUAUGAGAGAGGUAAUUUUGUAAUUUAUUUUCACAACACAAUAAAAGAGAUAGGAUAGCCAUAUUUAAAUACGUUGAAAGGGAAAACUUCUCAUCCUGUUAAUUACUUCAAAUAAGUCUUCAAAAUAAAAAUCAUGAUAUCAAAUACGAAUAUACUAAAUAUUAAAAAGCGAGAAAGAGAGCAAGAGAGAGAGAGAGAAAAAAGAGAGAGUCGUGUACUCUUUUUUGUACUUUUUUGCCGAUAAAUUAUAUUGCCUGAUAAAUAUCACUAAUCGUGAAAUACCGAACUUGGACAUAAAUUAGAGUUUUAAGCUUAAUAUUAUACAUCUUAGAGAUUGUAGUAAGAAAAUUCGCGAUAAACACAGGCUGAUUAUAUGCAUAUAGUAUAUAUAAUAAUUAUAAUAAAUCAGAUUUUUACAUA